GUGAUUUUAACUUUGAUGUAGGUGCUUCUCCCCCUAAUGCUCCUACUAAGCAUUUCUUGGAUCUCUGCAACUUAUACCAGUACCAUCAACGUAUUAAAGAGCCUACUCGAAUAACCGAACGCUCUUCAACUACAAUUGAUUUAUUUAUUACUAAUAAUCCAACAAUGUAUGUGAAAUCUGGAGUUUGCCACAUUGGUAUUAGUGACCAUUCACUUGUAUAUGCAAUUCGUAAACUUUGUGUAUCUAGAAAGGAUCCUAGAAUAAUUCGCAGCAGGCAAUUUAGAGAUUUCAACGCAAAUUCAUUUAGAUAUGAUCUCAGCUUAGCCCCGUGGCAUAUCAUUGAGGAGUACGAAAAUGAUCCAAAUCUUGCUUGGGAUGCUUGGAAAACUAUAUUCCUGAAAAUAUCUGAUAUUCAUGCACCCAAACGGAGUAGAAAAAUUCGAAAUAGGCACUCUCCUUGGUUAACCCCAGAACUUAAGAAAUUGAUGUUUGAGAGGGACCGACUGAAAAGAAUAGCAAGUAAACAUGAUACUGAACACAACUGGUCCAAGUAUAGAAGUGCACGAAAUAACGUUAACAGAUGUAUUCAAGAUGCCAAAGCUGCAUAUUAUCACAAUUACUUUAGAAAUAGCUUUGGUGAUAUUAAAAACACAUGGAAAGGUGUGAAUGAGCUUAUGGGUAAAAAUUCCCAUACCAAUGUAAUAAGCAGCAUUAAAGUUGGUGACUGUAUCUACACUUCUUCAAGUGACAUAAGUAAUGCUUUUAAUAACCACUUUACUCAAAUUGGACCUAAAUUAGUUAAUAAUGUUCCCACCUCAAACUCUAACUUUGAGCAAUAUAUUACCACUACCGAUACUAAUUUUUCUAUCACUGAGACAAAUAAUACAAUUGUGUACAACUUGAUCCAAUCACUUCCUGUAAAUAAAUCUACUGGUUUAGAUGAGAUAUCAUGCAAGCUAUUAAAAGAAGCUUCGCCAAUUGUUUUUUCAUCCUUAACUCAUAUAAUAAACUUAUCCAUAAGAAACGGGGUAUUUCCCAAUGAUUGGAAAAGAGCUAGGGUAAUGCCAAUAUAUAAAGAAGACACAAAAUCAGAUCCUGAUAAUUAUAGACCAAUAUCUAUCUUACCGAUUGUCAGUAAAAUAAUUGAAAAGAUCGUUUUCUCUCAGUUUUAUGGAUACCUAAUCGACAAUAAUCUAUUGUCUAGUUCCCAACAUGGAUUUAGACCAUUACAUUCAACGCUUACGACUCUUCUAAUAUCUACCAACAAUUGGUACCAAAAUAUUGAUAAAGGGCUUUUUAAUGGAAUUCUAUUACUAGACCUAAAAAAAGCCUUUGAUACCGUGGACCAUCCAAUUUUAUUAAAGAAGCUUGAGAUGUAUGGCGUAGAUCCUAAUUCUAUCAAUUGGUUUAGAUCAUAUCUAACAGGUCGCAAUCAAUGCACAAGCAUUAAUGGCACAUUGUCUAGCUUGCUACCUGUUACUUGUGGGGUUCCUCAGGGAUCGGUGCUUGGGCCCUUAUUGUUUCUAAUUUAUAUUAAUGAUCUUCAAGCCUGCCUCUCUACAUCGUCCCUUAUGAUGUAUGCUCAUGAUACAUGUUUAACUGUUAGUUCUAACGAUCCAAAAGACCUAGAGCUUAAACUAAAUAACGAACUUAGAAAAGUGCAAACGUGGCUAAGGGCUAAUAAGCUUACUCUGAAUGUAAAGAAGACAAAAUUCUUAAUCCUAGGAAGCCAAGCGAGUUUAAGUAAUCUGAAUUAUCGCUUUAACAUUCAAAUUAUUGGACAGUCUAUAGAAAGAAUGUAUUCUUAUAGAUAUUUGGGACUUGAAAUUGAUGAAUCUUUAAAUUGGCAAGUACAUAUUGAAACCAUUUGUAAGAAGAUAAGUGCAAGUCUUGGGGCGUUAAAGCGGGUUCGAACUUUUGUACCCCAAAACACAUUGAUCCUGAUGUAUAAAGCCUUAGUGUUACCUUACUCAGACUACUGUAGUGAGGUUUGGGGCUGCCUAGGUAAAACCCUAUCUGAAAAACUCCAAAAACUGCAAAACAGAGCCGGUAGGAUAAUAACCUUCUCCGAUUAUGACGUAAGAUCAGCUGAUAUACUACACAGUCUUGGUUGGGAAACUCUUGACCAACGUCGUGCUAAACAGGUCGCAACAAGUAUUUAUAAAGCAGUGAAUAAUUUAUAUCCCAACGAGCUUAAUACUAUUUUUGAACCUACCUCGCAAGUCCACUCUCACAAUCUUAGAGGUAGUUCGCACAGUAUGUUCACCCCUAGACCCAGAACGGAGGCUGGUAAAUAGAGCUUCGGCUACCGUGGGGCUGUGUUAUGGAACGAUCUUCCGGAUGAAAUAAGAAGUCAGGCUUCAAUAUAUCUUUUCAAAAAUAAACUUUCUAACUUUCAAAUUUAAUACUAAGAUUAAGUAGUUGUAAAUAUGAUAGGAUUGUAUAUAUAUUUAACUAAUUUCUUUUGUUUUUGUAUUUUUACAUGGCUCCUUGGAAGAGCACUUUAGUGAAAGAACACCAUGUUACCUAUUUAUGUAUUUUUUAAUAAAGCUUCAUUGAUUGAUUGAUUGAUUGACUUAAGCAAAAUUCACUAAUUUUAACAUGUCAUCGCAAUGUAAAUUCAGUUUCACUGAAAGUAGAUCAAAGAUCUAGCCACUAAAAUACUUGUGUAUACCUGUUGUACAUAAGUUGCUGAGAUUUGAUGAGUGUUUCACUAAAUCUCAGCCAUUUUAGGUGGCUUCACAUUCUUUAAUUAAACUAAUUAGCAAGUUAUAAUCAUAAAAAAACCCAAUGAAAACACUUCUCAAACGCUGAGUAUUGUUACUAAACAGUUCGUUUCACCUUUAAAAUCAUUCUAAGCAUUUGUACUCUAAUAUUUGAAAGUUUGUUUAAUUUUGUUAGACAGUUUUUGUGUUAUAUAUACUAAAACUGUCUGCUCGAAACGUCGAGUUUCUGCUUAUUUUUUAAGGUAUAGUAAUAUAACCACUCUGCACAGCAUUUUAGUUUUUGUGUUAGCAUGAGUUUUCUCAGCUGACGUCUUACUUUACUGUAUUUAAGCAAAAAUUCACUAAUUUUAACAUGUCAUCUCAGUGUAAAUUUGGUUACACUGAAAGUAGAUCAAAGAUCUAGCCACCAAAAUACUUGUCUAUACCUGUUGUAUAAUUUAAGUUGCUGAGAUUUAAUGAGUGUCUGACUAAAUCUCAGCCAUUGAAGGUGGCUUGACGUUGUUUUGCUAAACCAAUUAGCAUUUAGCAAGUUAUUAUCACAGUAAACCAAUGAAAACAUUUCUCAAAGACUGAGUAUUGUUAUUAACAGUUUGUUUUACUUUUAAAAUUGUUCUGUGCAUUUAUACCCUAGCCUAAUAUGUGAAAGUUUUGUACAAAUUUGUUAGACAGUUUUUGUGUUAACAUGAGUUUAUCAGCUGACGUCUUACUUUACUCUAUACUUAAGCAAAGUUCACUAAUUUUAACAUGUCAUCUCAGUGUAAAUUUGGUUACACUGAAAGUAGAUCAAAGAUCUAGCCACCAAAAUACUUGUCUAUACCUGUUGUAUAAGUUGCUGAGAUUUCAUGAGUGUUUGACUAAAUCUCAGCCAUUUUAGGUGCCUUAACAAUCUUUAAUUAAACUAAUUAGCAAGUUAUAAUCAUAAAAACCCCAAUGAAAACAUUUGUCAAAGGCUGAGUAUUGUUACUAAACAGUUUGUUUCAGUUUCAAAAUCAUUCUAAGCAUUUAUACUCUAAUAUGUGAAAGCUUGGUACAAUUUUGUUAGGCAGUUUUUGUGUUAGCAUGAGUUUCUCAGCUGAGGUCUCACUUUACUCUCCUUAAGCAAAAUGAACUAAUUUUAACAUGUCAGCUCAAUAUAAAUUUGGUUUCACUGAAAGUAGAUGAAAUACUAGCCACCAAAAUACUUGUGUAUACCUGUUCUAUAAGUCGCUGAGACUUCUUGAGUGUUUGACUAAAUCUUGAGGCAUUCAAGGUGGCUUACUUGAAUGAUUUACUAAACUAAUUAGCAACUUAUAAUCAUAAUAAACCAAUGAAAACACUUCUCAAAGGCUGAGUAUUGUUACUAAACAGUUUGUUACAGUAAACUAAUUAGCAACUUAUAAUCAUGAUAAACCAAUGACAGCACGUCUCAAAGGCUGAGUAUUGUUACUAAACAGUUUGUUUCAGUUUUAAAAUCAUUCUGUGCAUUUAUACUCUAAUAUGUGAAAGUUUGGUAUGAUUUCGUUAGGCAGUUUUUGUGUUAGCAUGAGUUUCUCACCUGAGGUCUUACUUUACUCUAUACUUAAGCAAAAUUCACUAAUUUUAACAUAUGUCUUCUGAAUAUAAAUUUAGUUUCACUGAAAGUACUGUAGAUCAAAGAUAUAGCCACCAAAAUACUUGUCUACACAUACUGUACGUGUUGUAUAAGUUGCUGAGAUUUCAUGAGUGUUUGGCUAAAUCUCAGCUAUUUAAGUUGGCUUGACAUUGCUUUGCUAAACUAAUUAGCAAGUUAUAAUCGUAAAAACCCAAUGAAACCACUUCUCAAAGGCUGAGUAUUGUUACUACAAACAUUUUGUUUCAGUUUUAAAAUCACUUGGUGCAUUUAUACUCUAAUAUGUGAAAGUUUGGUAUGAUUUUGUUAGGCAGUUUUUGUGUUAGCAUGCCCUUACGAAAAUUUCCUAUAGGAAUUCCUAUAGGAAAAAUUCCUAUAAGAAUUUGGGACAAAAUUCCUAUAGGAAUUCCUAUAGGAAAAAUUCCUAUAGGAAAAAUUCCUAUAGGAAAAAUUCCUAUAGGAAAAAUUCCUAUAGGAAAAAUUCCUAUAGGAAUUUUGGACAAAAUUCUUAUAGGAAUUUUUCCUAUAGGAAUUCCUAUAGGAAAAAUUCCUAUAGGAAUUUUUUCUACAGGAAUUUCUAUAAGAAUUUAAUAGGAAGAAUUCCUAUAAGAAUUCUCAAGUCUAGUCCCAAAUUAUUAUAGGAAUUUCCUAUAAGAAAAUAAUUUAUUCUAAUUUCCUAUAAGAUUUUUGGUAUUCCUGCAGAAAUUCUAGAAUCUAGAUGAAAUAAUAGUAAAUGACAGACAAUGUUGUUCAUCACUCUUAAUUUUUUAAUGCAAAAAAUAGAUAUAAAUUUAAUUAAUAAAUACUAAUUAAUAUUGCAAAUAUAAAAAUUAAUAUGAGAAAUUGGUUAUACUAAACAUUACAAAUCAAUUAUAGUUUUCACCUAUUGUGACAAAUUAAUCGUUCUACCUCAAUGCAAUGCCAUAUGAUGCGUCCUAUUUUAUUAUUUUACUCUGUCUAACUAUUUUACUUUGUCUAAUGCCAGACUAUUUUACUCUGUCUAACUCCAGACAAUUGUACUUGAAUGUCAAGGGGAAAUGCUGGCUCAGAAUGGGUUAACUAGCCUAUAUUCCUAUAUAUGUGUCUAGUUAACCCAUUGAAUCACAUUGCGCCCUACUUUAUUAUUUUACUAUAGUUUACUCUGUCUAACGCCAGACGAUUUUACUCGUCAGAGCGCUGGCGCUUAAUGGGCUAAACCAUAGGUAAUAACCAUAAUUGACAUUUAAAGUUAAGUUCAAAACUGGCCUCAAAACAUAGUCCUCAAAUAAGUUCUUGUUCUUGUUUGCUUUUCUGUACUUUGCAACACUUUCCCAUGUUGUUUAUAUUUGUCCUCAUAUGUUGAUGAACCUCUGAGGCCUUACGUCCAUACUUUGUUGAUAGCUGUAAAAAGACAAAUACAUUUAUUUUAUGUCUACCAUUCCAAUGUGUUUUGUUAACCCAUUAAAUAUGCCCAAAUGCACCCAAUUUAUUAUUUUACUCUAAGUGGAGAGUCUAGCACUUUAAUAGAAUAAACACAGUAAAAUAACAAGGUACUAAAAGUAGGGCACAUUGCUUCUAAAUAUGCCACACAGCAGCUUUUGCAGUUAAUUAUUAACCUUUCAAUGACCAACAUUCAUUUUGAUGAGUAAAAUCAUCUGAUAAAUAUCAAAGUACUGAAAGUGGGGAUUGUGUGUUAGGGUGAAUUGCAUCUAAAUGUGCUAACGCCAAAUAAUGCAAAAUAGUCUGGUAUUAACAGGGCAAAAUAUUGAGCUUUGAAAUAGAGCGCAUUAGUGUGAAUUUGUGAAUUGGGUCUUGAUGAGUUUACACAAAACACAGGGAGACAGCAAGGUAAUCUAUCAAAGUUGUCCACUCUCUUUCAAGUAAAAUGAUCUGGUGUUAGACAAGGUAAAAUAAAAAAGUACUGAAAGUUGAGCACAUUCAUCUUAACAAGUUAGCAUGAAAUCUAAGCUAGCAGAGAGUCUGGUUAAUUUGAAUACCAUCACAUAGUUACUGUAUGUUUAUAAACUGUGGUUUAAUUAAUAGAAAAACAUGGAUAAUUUUCCUGGCAUAAUACACUAAAGCAUGUCUAAAGGCUAACAGAUUUUAAUACAUUGACUGGUGCAAGACCUCUCAAAAUGAAAAUUGUUUAAUUUAAACAAAACAUAUGAAUAAAUACUGCUUCUGAUUUGAGCAAGUAGUUAAAUUUUCUAUAGGCAUGCAUUAAAUAUGCCUGACAAUUUACAAUUAAUCUGGCAUAUACAGUUGGCACUUGGGAUAUACAAAUAUAUUAAUAAACAUGGAUAAGUCUGAUUCAAAUAUAAGACUUUUAUAGUAGCAUUUGUUGAAGUAUAAAUGCUAUAAAUAUAUUUAUAUCAGCAUUCUAAUUCCGUUUAUAUUGUCGCGGAAAAUUCAAAUUUUAUCGAACCACAUGCUCGAAUUUCACAAAUGAAGAUUGGAGGUAUUUCCUCUAUAAUCUGCUUUAUUAUAAAUAAAAUAUAAACUUAUUCUUACCCGAACAUUAUGCAAACAUCCCUGAUGUAUUACUAGUGAAAAUCCAGUUGAAUCCCAUCAAAAAUAGUUCUAUUUUGCACAUAAACCAUUGACAAACACUGACUUGAAAAAAUAUCCAGUGUUUCCACAACGCAUCAUUCAAAUUUCCUUGAUUUUGCUUUAAAAUUUCCUUGAAUUUCCUUGAAAUGGGAUGUAAUUUCCUUGAAAUUUCCUUGAUUAAGCGAAGUAGAUUUCGGCAACUAGAAUUUAUCAAUACUUAUAUAAAGUAAGACCACAGGCGGCCCAAUCUCAGAAUGAAUGAUCAGGUGUUGCGGGUUUUUAACGGUUUUUAUAAAGAAAUUUAUAGUCAACCAAAACUAUUUUAAAAACAUUCUUAAAUAAGUUAAAUUUAAUAGUCAAAUAAAUACAUUUUAACAAUAAAAUAUAGUUGACAUGAUAGUAUAAUACCUUUGCAUUCUUUUAAUUACUCCAUGAGCUCAUUUAGAGCGGUUGAUGUAACACUUUCUGUGGCCUACAUUGUGUGUGCUCAUCUAUAUAUAAUAUAACAGUAAAAGGCUAAUCACUGGCGCCACGACCGCAUCGCCUUCAAAGUCAAAUAUCUCCGCUCAAACUUCUCGUACGCCAAAACAAAUUCGAUUACAUCUUUUCACAAAGAUUUCUCUUUCUAAAUAAUAUGGUUUGAUCGUAGCUUGGGCAAAUUUAGCGACGAACGGAACCAAAAUCUCCUCAAUUUCGGAUACUGUUCAAAAUACUUAGGGCUGCUCGGGCACGAUCGUGGACGUGACGUAAUCAAUACAUACUGACAAUAACGCCUUACCGCCUUACGUGGGGUGGGACAGCAUAAAGCGACAAACUAUCGUCGAAUUUGAUAUGCUGUCUCACCCCAGGUAAGGCGUUAUUGUCAGUAUGUAUUGAUUACGUCACGUCCACGAUCGUGCCCGAGCAGCCCUAAGUAUUUUGAACAGUAUCCGAAAUUGAGGAGAUUUUGGUUCCGUUCGUCGCUAAAUUUGCCCAAGCUACGAUCAAACCAUAUUAUUUAGAAAGAGAAAUCUUUGUGAAAAGAUGUAAUCGAAUUUGUUUUGGCGUACGAGAAGUUUGAGCGGAGAUAUUUGACUUUGAAGGCGAUGCGGUCGUGCCGCCAGUGAUUAGCCUUUUACUGUUAUAUUAUAUAUAGAUGAGCACACACAAUGUAGGCCACAGAAAAUGUUACAUCAACCGCUCUAAAUGAGCUCAUGGAUUAAUUAAAAGAAUGCAAAGGUAUUAUACUGUCAUGUCAACUAUAUUUUAUUGUUAAAAUGUAUUUAUUUGACCAAUUUGAGAAUGUUUUUAGAAUAGUUUUGGUUGACUAUUUGAAAUUUGUUUAUAAAAACCGUUAAAAACCCUCAACACCUGAUCAUUCAUUCUGAGAUUGGGCCGCCUGUGUACUAUCCAGCCUGGAUAUUCUGCCUGAUAUGAAAUCCGAUGCAUCUUGAAUUGUACUCGCCCAAUUAAAUGCCGGUGUCCCAGGAAAUCCCCCCCCCCGCCCAAUUUUCCUAGGAAAUAGGGGGGCCAUAUUUCCUCGGAAAUUGUGAAGCUUCUUCUAAAACCAAGAUCCUAAAAGUGUUUGUCAGUAUUUAUAGUUAGUUUGCAUAAUUUAUUUGUGUCAAAAUUCUUCCACGCGGCCAAGAGCUAAAAGUUUGAAGGAAAGCGUAAUAAUAAUAAUGUGCUAGUGCAGUCAUUCCAGACACAUCGUACAUGGGUAUCUGUAGAGGACAACAUUAAUGUAAAAUGGCUUAACUUUCAUCUAAGGACACAAAACGAUUUUUAGAGAUGGGAAUUUCUAAGAUAUUACAAGUUAAUUAGAUCUAUAAAUUCAGUCACAUAGUAUAAAAUUAGUCAGUAUAAUAACCACACUUUAGCAAACGAUGACAUCAUCGGGAAUAUGUUAAUAUGCAUGUGUCUAAUAAUUAACAGAGAGUAAUUAGCAUUAGGGUAAAUGUAGACUUUUAAGUGGAAACGUUUUUUGAAAAACAAAAUCAAACGAGUGGUUAUUUUGUAAAAAGAAAUUUUCCUAUGCAUUUUACUUACAUAUACACAGUAUAUAUAAUCGCUUAUAUGGUUUGGAUGCAUUACAGACUGAAGCAUUCCGUUUUAAAUGUGUUUAUGCAAUAAAAAUAAUUAACAUCAAGCACAAGUUGUGAUGUGGGUCCUUAAAAUAUGUAAAUUAUGCAUUUAUGCAGGGUUCAAUUUCAUUGACCAAUCAGAAGCAGUCUGUUGUCAGCGGGCGGGAGUUUGCCAUUUGCUGUGCUCACGGGCUGUGCUCACUUGCAUACUGCUUCUCACACCGUACACUUGAUUUCCCACCCACCCACACGAUAGUGUUUCCCCCCUGCCUGCGUUGGCACUGCCUGCGGUGGCGCCGGCUGUUUGCCGGCGCCUUGGGCUGCCUGCCUGCCCCCCUCUGGCUGUUUGCUCGAUCUCGGGCUAUUGACCCCUCCCCGUCUGGCUGCUUGCCGGGUGUUCGGCUGCUUGCCGAUGUGUGUAUCUGUGCAUCAGCAUAUUUAAUUUCGUGAUUUGUUCGUCUGCUUGUAUGUUUGUUUGUCCCCUCACCCUUAGUCCUUAUGUCUGUCCGUGAAGCGCUUAUUGUCUGUUGUGUGUGUCCUUGGCACAGCGUAAAUGGUGGGGGUAGUCCUUUUUGUCAACCUUGCUAGCAAUGUCCGGUGUUGUGUUCGUUAUUUGCAUUAUGCCGCACCCGCUCGUCGGGCUUGCUCCCCGGCUAGUCCGGGUGAUUUCUUUCAGAUUGGUAUCCUGCGUUAUCCAGCGUUCUUUGGUUCCCCUUUGGUCGGUAGGUGCAUAUAGUUAGUUGUGCUCGGCUUAGUAUGCUUACCAGGUAAGAUAUCUCGUACGUUCAUGUUACUAUUCGUUUGGUGUUUUUUAUUAAUUCCGUCUCCACCUGUGGUGUGACGUUAGCUCUGUCCUUGGAGAGGCUAAUUCUCUGCAUCAUUGAUAUUAGUCAAGUCGGGAUGCUGGGAUGGCUGAAAGUCUCUUCUACCGAGAAGGCAGCUGCGCAGAAUGGAGUUCAUCGUAAGCCGGCUUGCCGAGUAAAUUAAGCAGCCGGAACCUCUCCAACAGAGCUACACCCUCCAGAGAAUUGCUUGCUUAAGCUCGAGUGUGUUAGAUGUUAAGUAUUAGCAAAAAUCGUAUCAUUUUAAAUAUUAUAAAAAUUGUUUCAUUUCCGUAGCUUAAUGAUUGAUACAGCCAUUAUUUAUUAACGUUGUCUUCUACAAAGCUGGUCAAAACCAAAUGCAAAAAGUAUGCUAAACUUUAGCUAUUACUAUAUCAGUAUUGCAGUGCAAUGGAGAAUUUUGACCCAAAAAAUUACACUGAGAAAAAUUUCUACAAAUUUCUACGAUUUCCUAGCCUAAAGAUAAAGUAAACUAUAAUUUUUUAGGGGGGCCAAAUUUUCCGAAGGGGGGGCAUAUUUCCUAGGAAAUAUGGCCCGGAGGGGGGAAUUGCAUGAUUGGCUGUACUAUUUUUACUGCUGCCAGUAAUGGAACAUUUAUUUUUAGCUGUGAUUUUAGUCUAAUAGUACAUGAAAGGGAGUGGUAUACGAAAUACAUAGCCAAACCUGGCAGACUGUCUUUCCCACCUAACCAACCACACAGGCGAUUAUAUGCAGGCAGGGCUUGAAAUAACAGCCAAUCACCAAUCGAUGAUCGUCAAGAAAUUGUUUAUGAUUCAGAUUGUCCGAAAAGCACGGUUUUUAUGGUUUUCAUUAGUCUCCUCCGCAGGCAACUAUUGAAACACAUGAGGGAUAGUUGAUUUGAUAGUUAAUUAAGGGAUAGUGAACUAUCCCCCAACUAUAAAUUUAUUUGUGGUGUUUCAAGAGUUUCAAGAGUUUACCUGUGGAGGAGGCUAGCUUUUCGGUUGCUCCCAACUGUACUUUUUUUCAAAAAAUUUUGAAAUAAUUGACGAAGAUAGACCUAAAUUUUUGAACAAUUGACUUGUUCAGGUAAGACAAUAGUAUCUGAUAGAUCUAGUUUACUUGAUCUGGCAGUGUUACAAUGUGUAAAAUUUUCAUAAUCAUGAAUAAUGAAUGUCCAAUUAAAUAGACAUAUUGGUCUGCACGGACCUGGCAAGAUAGUUCAUCUGCUAAAUUGUCCUUGUACAGUAUCACUGAUAGUUCAUCUGAUAAUGUGUCCUUGUACCUUAUACAGAGUCGCCAACUCGAACCGACUUGACCUUGUAGCUCAGUUAGAGCAUAGUGAUUGGCCUAGCAUCCCAAAGGUCGCGGGUUUGAUUCCCACCGUGGUCAGGCAAACUUCUCAGCUUGCCUGGUGUGGAUGCACACACCCACUCUCUAGUAUAAGUGGGUCAUUUGUGACACAAAGUGCUGUGCAACAUUUAGAUUGAAGCUGGGAAGUCUGCCAAGCCAGGCAAUGACGGACCUUCAUUAUACACUGUGUCAGAUUUGGAUCAGAAAAGACUUGAAGCUGAUAAACUUUUAGAAGGCAUUGAUUUCGGUGGGAUCACGUCCACGGUUACUUGUAAGUGUUUUACAGUACUUUUCAGUUUUAUUAGUACUCCAAAAUAUUUUGCAUUCUAGUGCCCGUAAAAAUUUGUUUGAUCUUCAAUCUGUGGUGUCUUAUCAAAUUUCACUCUCUCCUUUUUCUUCCAGCUAUAGUCCCAGACUGACCUGGGAUUCACUUCUCGUAUUCUCUUGUAGUCAAUUUUUCCUCACUUGUCAUGUCCACUGUUCCUCGAUAUUUAGAUUUCCUUUCCCUCUCGUCUUCUCUACCUCCUAGGCUUUGUUCCUCGUCAUCUGUGGUUCCAUAAUGUCUCUAACUGGAUCUCCUUCAUCUAUUCUUAUUACAGUGCCUGCCCAUGCCAUCACAGCCUUGCUUUUCUGGCCUAAUUCUUUGCAAUGUCUACCUCUCCACAUCUUUUAUUGCUGGUUAUGUUACGGAGUUUCAUUUCGCGAGUAAUUGAUAUUAAUUAAACCUCUUUCCCCCGGCGCUGUUUGUUCACCGCGUACCGCUGUCUCCAACUGUAUAAAUUAUAUUAUUCCAUAUAAUUCCCUGGAGAAGAGGCUAGAAACUGCAUGAAGUACAAACAACUUUGUCUUUAUUCCGAUCCAAAUGAUCUUUGUUUCAUUGCCAGCACAAAGCCCACCACAAAAAGCAGCUGUGGGAAACUCUCCUCAACAAAUAACAUCAGAUUCUCCCAUCAGGUUAGUAGGCCAGUGUUUCUCAGCCAUGGUCUCCAAAGUGGGACAACCAGGAAACAUUGUUUGCGUGACAAAUAUUCUUGGGAAAACGUUCAUUUUGUCAGUAUAUACGCUAUAUAUUAGUAAUCAGUUUGACCAGCAAAUAAGUAAGUUACACCUUGUACAGUACGGGGACCGGUUGUUCGAAAGUCGAUAAGCUUAACAGUCACAACAGCUUGUUUUUUUGAAAUAUUUCGUCAGAAAUUUUGUCUGGAUCAGUAGGUUUGAAUUUUCUUCUCUGAACUUCUGAAUAUUUAAAAUAAACAGAUGUACGAAGAAAUACAUUAAACUAAAACGGCAGGUGAAAUUUUAACCGAGAGUCGAGAGUUAGCGCUAAUCCAGCUUUGAACAACUGGUUGCAGUACAGUGUAGUACAGUACAGUACAGUACAGUACAGUACAGUACAGUACAGUACAGUACAGUACAGUACAGUACAGUACAGUACAGUACAGUACAGUACAGUACAGUACAGUACAGUACAGUACAGUACAGUACAGUACAGUACAGUACAGUACAGUACAGUACAGUACAGUACAGUACAGUACAGUACAGUACAGUACAGUACAGUACAGUACAGUACAGUACAGUACAGUACAGUACAGUACAGUGUUGUUUUAUUUACAGAUCACCGUUGAGACCAGUACAGAAAUUAUCAAUAUCAACAUUAAAUCAAACUAAUAUUCCUCCUAAAGAAGUAGUAGCUUAUAACAAAGAGACUCAAACUCCUGUCAUUCAGAAGUCUACAGAAUCAGGUGAGUGAAAUUGUAUGUCGCAACUGCGAAUUGCGAGAGGUGCAACUACCUGAAAAAUAGAAGAUACUGUAGUUGUAUCUCUUUUCAAGUAGUUGUAUCUUUUCAAUCUGCAUGCAGUUAUCUUAGUUUGUUAUCGUCUCUACAUACAAUGGCACAGACCGUUCGAGAUUGUAUGUCACAUUGUACUGUAUGUAAUAUGUGUUUACACGAUGUGGUAAAUGCUUACACCUUCAAACGCAAUCGGUCACUGAUGUCUGUCAUCUUUGUCACUCUUUCUUUCAGAUGAAGAACCGUCGACAAGUGAUCAAAAUAAGAAAGAAACGGAAGAAAUUCAAGAAACUGUCAAAGAUGAAGCAGAAGAACAAAAAGAAAAAAGUGAGUAGCAAAAGUUAUCUCUAGUUUAGUCCACUGACUACUAAGGUUUUUUGUGACUUUUAGAAAUUUCGAAUUUUUGAAAUAUUGUGUGUUUAAUAAGAUUCUGAUUUUAUAUUAUAAUGCAGUACAUGAUUUUUAAUACUGUGUCAAUAAGAAUAUCUAGCACUGUGCCCACUAAUUUGGAUGCAAUCUAAACUGAAGCUUAUUGAUAUAGAAACCUCUAACUUUUGCAUAUCUAAUUAGCUUUGAUAUCCGACUGUUCUCCAGAAACCUGUCUUCCAAGUUAGCAAUUUAUUCCGUUUUAGAAGCAUUUAUACUACAUCUGUGACUACAUAUUUUUACGUCUGUGACCACUUUUCAACUCUGAUCAAUGAUCAUAAAUUGGCGGCCCUUGUUACUUAUCAAAAAUGCAAUAAUAUUAUCGACGCCAUUCUGCAAAAUUUGAAUGUUUGAUUCCAUGGAUGUUGUUUUUUGUUUUCGUGCGUUAUUUUAAUUGUAUGUAUUUGGAAAAUCUUUGUAGCUCCAGUAAUUGUAGAGAUGUCAGAAGAACAAAAAGAGAAGAUCCUCUCCUCCCCGGAGUUUCAACAUUUUCUUGAUCGCACAAGUCGCAUUAUUGAACGAGCAAUUUAUGAAAAAGAUGUCACGUUUGAUUAUGGAAAAACGGAGGACGUGGAGGGGUAAGACGUUGUAUUUUAUACAGUAGAUACACGUAUACUGUAGGUUUUGUGACAAGUAAGGAUUGUGCAUUUGCCCGACAAGCUGCGAGAUUCAAAACGUACCGUUAGAAACACUUUUUCCAUGCAAUUUGCUUCUCUGUAUGUUGUACAAGGAAGAAAUGCCGUCCGGCGCCUAUUUGUGUGUGGGAGCGUGAUGUUUUCUCCCCCUGAUUGUAACAUUACUAAGGUUUCUAUUGAAAUAGUAUGCUGUGUUCAUAUUUGAAACUCUAUUUUACAUACAUGUAGUAUGCAUGCAAGUUGGCAUUCAGAAGGUACUUAUGAAUGCUGGGCACGCAUGCCAAGUAGGCCACCCAUGAUUGAGGAGGUGUGCAAGCAAAUACUAUCAAGGCUAGGAAAUAUUAUUCACUCUUGGACAAUUUUGCGAAAUGUAAUUAUUUAUGACAUAGAGAAACAAUUUUGGACUUUUUAUUAUUAUUAUUAUUAUUUAAACUUAUUUAGGCAACUGAUUUUCAAGGGGCCCGUUUACAUGCAAUGAAUUAAAGCCUGCACAUUAUUAAUAGACCUUUCCGGUAAUUACGUCACAACUACACUGUUUUCAACUUAGGACCACAUUAAAUGGUAUUGAUUUCGAGUUUGUUUCUCACGGGCUCUGGUCAGAGAAGCAGAACAUCCUUCGUCAACACAUGCAUAAAAAAAUUUUGGAUUUUGACUAUUAAAUGUGGAAAUAAGCUUAAACACGAAAACGAGGUUGAGGGGCCAUGACCCAUCUUGGCCCCUCAGCCUCGUUUUCGUGUUUAAGCUUAUUUCCACAUUUAUUGGUCAAAAUCCAAAAUUCUUUUUAUGAAUGUGUUGAAGAAGGAUGUUCCGCUCCUCUGACCAUAGCCCUUGUGAAAAAAGCUUAAAAUCCAUUCCAUUUAAGGUGGUCCUAAGUUGAAAACAGUGUUAGUUGUGACGUAAUUACCGGAAAGGUCUAAUGCAUAACAUUACUUUACAUUACAUCACAUACAUUACUGAUAGAUUACAUCACAUACAUUACAUUACAAACAUAAAUAUAUCUAAAUUAUCCUAAUAAUACUAUUUACAAAAAGAAAUACUGGCGAGUUUUAUGAUAACAAUUUUAUAAUCAUGUAUUAACAGUUUCAUAAAUUAGGUUAUAACGUUAACGUUUAUUGUUUAAUUUAGGGAUAGUCAAAUGUUUGAUAACAUUGCACUCAAUCGUGAAUUUUAUGAUGAAAAAUGGUCCAAAAAUCGUGUUGUCACAAGUUUAGAUUGGUCAACCCAGGUAUUGUUGUUAGUUUUCUUUCUGAUCAUUAAUGUCAUACUUAGACCGAGAUUUGGACUGUGGUCUAAAAUAUUAAAUAUAAUUUUGCCCGUGGUAAAUCAUGUGGCCGAAGUUAAGUGUUGUGCGCCAUUGUUAUAAACAUAGCCUUGUACCAUUUUAGUAUCCUGAAUUAUUGGUUACGUCAUAUUAUAAAAAUGAAGAUGCUCCACGGGAGCCUGAUGGUGUCGUCUUAAUAUGGAACAUCAACUACAAAAAAACAACGCCUGAAUAUACUUUCCAUUGUCAGGUAAAAUAUGACGAUUCAUGCUGUUAGGUGUUCCACCGAAAUAAUGGUGGUUGUGCAAAACGUUGGAGCAGAAGGAAUGAUCGUAAAGUCAUCAGUGGCGUAGCCAGCCCGACAAUUAUUCAUUUCUUUAGAAAUUGAUUAUUUUCACAGUCAAUGAACACGCGAAAAUAUUUGCAUAGCGGGACUAAACCGUCGGGCUGGCUACGCUACUGAAAGUCGUCAUGUAUACAGUACAGUCGUGUUAUGUGGAUUACAAACACCGGAAAUUGGCUAUUUGCCAAACAAAAACACUAAAUGGCUGAUCAGUUAUGACUGAUCACAUAAAAUACGUAGUAGUUCAAUUGAAUUAAAUGAAUGGUUAUUUCAUUAGCACUGUCAGCAUAAAAGCUAGAAAAGGAACACAAAAUAUUGUCCGACCGUUAUUAGCCAAUGUCUGAGCAACUGCACAGUUGAAAGUGAAAUUGUUAUAAUCCACACUGUCAUGUAUAAAUAUUUUUUGACUAAUGCUGUAAUAUAAAUUUUAACUUGUUGAAUUAUGCUGAUGAUGCAGUAUUUCUGCGUAACGUUUAUGUCACUAGAGUUCUGGUUCCAGCCAUUUAUUUAAUCAGUUCGGCUUCGGCCGGAACCGUAUUCUGUUGCAGCUGGAUAUGUGAAACCGAUUCGAGUCAGAAUGCAAACUGGUUCGAUCGAAUUCUUGCUGAACAUUUUCACCCUUGAAUCAGAUAAGAAUCAUGUUUGUUCCAGUUGUAUAUAAAUUGGCCUAAUAGUUUCCCGUCGUCUCAAGUUUCUAACUGAUUAUAAUUGUCUUUGGGUGUUCAUGCCAUUGAAAAUGUUUGCGAAUGGAAAUCGUAUUUAUUUUUUUUUUAGUCUGGUGUGAUGUCAACAAUGUUUGCUCGAUUUCAUCCGAAUUUAAUUGUGGGUGGAACAUACUGUGGUCAGAUUGUAUUAUGGGACAACCGCAGCAAUAAACAAACACCAGUUCAACGAACUCCGUUGUCGGCAAAAGCACACACGGUAAGAAUUUUUUUAUAAUAGAUCGGGGACCCUCGUGCGUCUACACAUGCGUAAAGAGGCGCGAGUUUACUCUGGUCUGCAGCAGAUCUGCUUCAAGGCUAUUUGUUAUAUCAGGUUGUAUUUGUCCUCUUAGCUUUGUGUGGUUGUUGGUUGGGCUAAUGAGUGAUGCCUCGCCAGACUUUAGUUAUUACAAGUUGUUCAAAAUGCCUGUUAUUGUCCUGCAGAUAAGUCGUACAUGUAAGUGACUAACCUGUUGCUGGUUAAUCCAGUGCAGCGCACAGUAGUUGUCGACGUUAAGGCUGUUCUCCAUUACGGUCACUUUACCUGCGCUGGACUCAAGAGACCAACACAAGUGUGUAUUUAUUUAGUGGUGCGUGCAUCCCAAAAAAGUUGAAUGUAGUUCGGCUUUCAUGGCGUGCAAGUGAGGGCUAAAGCGGACUGACAACUGUCAAGCUGAACAGCUACAGCGCACAUUCAAAAAUGUCCGCUCCUCCUCCUGCGUGGAUAAAGCGACUGCAUUGGAAAACGGCCUUUUAGAAUUCAUUCCCAUCAAUGAAUUUUCAGGGGAGGUGCGAAGAUUCUUAGGGGAGGUGCAAAACGAUCUUAGAGGAGGUGGGCACCUCCCUGCAGCUCCCCUCAAAAUCCGGCUGUGAUUUCCAUACUUUAUACCCGAGUUUAUUAUGAACCCCCUUUUAUUUGACAAGUUUUGAGAUUUCAAAGUUGUACUGCAUGUGCAUUGCUGCAUUUGUUUAAAUUCUGCAUCUGGCGAAGAUUUACUUGAUCUUGACUCUUCCCAUCAGCCCCUUCGCCCAUCUCUCCCCACUACAAUACUUCAUGCAAACUCGUCAUAUGCGCAUCACUGUUUUUUUACAAAGAGACGCCUGGGUACGAGGCAGCGUUUUUACUCAAAAGCGUUUCGAACGAAUGGUCCUUCGUAAAGACGUUAUAACAUCGUUGUGUUCUGGUAUUUAUGUAGCAUCCUGUUUAUUGUGUGAAUGUCGUUGGCACGCAAAAUGCACAUAAUCUUAUCAGUGUCUCGACAAAUGGUAGAAUGUGUUCCUGGAGUUUGGAAAUGCUCUCACAGCCACAGGUAUAGUACCACCAACCUCGUUUCCAGGCUCUUACCCCUUAUGGAGGAAAGACCUUGGUAGGAGCUGGUCACGUGAUUUGCUAAAAUUUACCAGAUUUCUUUCUGUUAAAAUCUGGCAUUUUCUGCUAAAAUCUAGCAGGUUUACAGAUAUUGGUUUCCUUGCAAAACAAAAUGCAAGAUAUAAAUUAAAGUAUAAAUAUCAAAUAUAAGUAAUAACAUCAUCAUCAUCAUCAAUUAAAAAUCUGCUAGAUUUUAGCGCAUCACGUGAGCAGCUCCUACCAGGGUCGAGUUGAGAGCCUGGGAACGAGGUUGUAGUACCACUUGUAGAUUUAAAAGAAAUUUUGGAAACCAAGGUAUAUUAUCUGCGGAAACUGAAAGCAUUGGCUGUCACUUUCACAUAAAUCAUGCGAAGAAAAUCACAUAAAUCUCGCGCCAGUACCGUCCGCAUAAAAUAGCCUUUUUUUGUUUAUUAAGUAUCAAACUUCAUAAUAACCACAUGUGCAAUACGCUACAUUUUAGGAAUCCAUCGAACUUCACGACAAGCAAUCCAAGUCAGUGGCAGUGACCAGUAUGUCAUUUUUAGCUGGAGAUGUAAACAAUUUUGUUGUCGGAAGUGAAGAUGGCAUGGUUUACACAGCUUGCCGUCAUGGAAGGUAAACAAUAGGCUAGCUUUGGUAUAUACUCGCACGGUCUGUCAGGGUUCGUAGCGGUCUUUGAAAUCCUUGAAAGUCUUCAAAUUUGAAUUCAGGUCUUUAAGGUCUUUGAAAAGUCUUCGAAUUGUGUGAAAAAGCGAAGAAAUUCUUUAAAAGUCUUUAAAUUCUUUAGUGAGUAUUUGAUUAUACGAUUUCCUAGCUAAUAAAAUAGAUUGAUUGAAGCAGGAUUUUCGCAAAUAUUGACGAAAAGGUAUAUUUUAGGAUGUGAUUUGAAGGGACUAAUUACUGGGUAAAAGUGGUGCUUACACCCGCAAUUUUUCGACAGCUGGUUGCUCUCAAAGAUCUUUGAAAAGUCUUUGAUGAAAAUAGACAGAAAAAAUCUUUGAAAGUCUUUGAAUAUUGUUGGUCUUGGAGACUACGAACCCUGCCUGUGCCAGCCGAGGUAGUGAAAAUUACACCAGAAAGCAAAAUACAAGUUUUACUUGUAUUUUUCAGGGAGUUGAAUCCGCAGCUUUUUGGGGUAUAAAUAUACUAUCUACCAAUUUGGUAAAUCUGGGACAGUUUUAUACUAACUAGGGUCUCAGCUAGUAACUUUGAACAACCGGCUACUGGAGUUUGUAAAUGUUUUAAAGGGAAGGAACAGCCGGGCUGGUUAUUUAUUAGUAAAAGUUAUCAAAUUGCUAAUAUCUUGUGUUUGGAGAUUAAGUGUAUAGGGAGUGUGUAAGCAAGAUUCAAACAGUUAGUUGAAGGAUGUAACUACCUGAAGAAUAUAGAAAAUCUUCGUUUCGAGCCAAAACUCAUUGCGACUCGUACUCUACAUUUGAAAUAUUUCUAGUUGCUCUUGGUUUAAAUGCGUUAUCUUCAUACUUAUUUCCCCCGGACUCUUUGGAGUUUUUGUGCAUUAAAAUGACUUUAGCAGCCUUUAGAAAAUUAAACAUUGAACUUAUUUUUAACGUCGUCAUUGAACUUAUUUUUAACUAAAUAAAUUCUCUUUUCAGCAAAGCCGGAAUUAUUGACUCUUUUGAGGGAACUGCGGGACAACUUGGAACACAAGGACAUCAGGGACCUAUCACCGGUGUUGACACACAUUCAGCAUUUGGACAGGUAAGUAUAUUUUAUAUUCAAACGGUUUUGAUUGGUUACACGGUGAACGCUUAAUACCCAUGCAUGACUACGGUACAGAACAUUAAGUCAUGAGAGUGUUGACAACUACAUGCAAUACUGUAAUAAAUAGUAAUUAAACACUGGAUUAUUUUACAGAUUGAUUUCUCACACCUGUUUGUGACGUCAUCGUUUGAUUGGACUGUUAAGCUGUGGAGCCAUCGGGUGAGUUAUUAAUGGCGGAAAAGCAUUUAAACCAAAUAAUGCAAUAAAACAAUAUGCAUUAACAUCACUUCUCUUUGUUAUUUUUAGAGCAAACAGCCUCUGUACUCGUUUGAAGAUAGCGGCGAUUACGUGUAUGAUGUUCAGUGGUCUCCUAUUCAUCCUGCUGUGUUUGCAACUGUUAAUGGACUAGGAAGACUUGAUCUUUGGAAUCUUAACAAUGAUACGGAGGUAUUGUACGCCUUAUACUACAGUAUCUUGAAAAGAAUCUAGAACAAUCAAGCUAAACUGUGGAACUAAAUUUAUACUGGAUAGCUGUAUCAAUUUUAGUUGUGAAAUAUAUAUUUGAAUUUAGUAGCUUAGAUCACAGGCCGAUUUGCACUAAAUCUUAAAGGUACACACUACACAGUCACUCUUUGGGCGAUGUGAUUUUAGGCCGUCGUGACAAUAUAACAACAAUAUAAUUUCAGGGGUAUUUUGCUGGGGGGAAUGGGGGGGGGGGAAUUCGCCCCCCAAAAUCCCGAAUUCCCCCAAAUCUGAAAAUAGCUAAAUUCUGGGGGAGGGGGGAUUUCCCCCAAAAUGGAAUAUGAAUAUCAUUAUUAAUAUUAAACUGGUAAGACAUAUAACCUUAAGUAUAGAAAUGAGUAAUCACUUGGAGGUGCAGUUGGUGAACUCAGACAUCAUUUCUAUUCCCUCACUUGGAAAUAGGUAGGAGGGGAAUUCCUCCCAAAUAAAAAAACACUGAAAUUUUGGGGGAGCUCCCACCCAAGUUCCAAAACCUAAAAUACCCCUGUAAUUUGCUAUUAUCAUGUUUGGAGACCAAAAUACAAAUUAUUUUAAUAAAUUUAUCUAAAUUAAAUAUUCAGUGUAAAUUUGGCCGACUUUAAUUACAUAUAAAUGAGCCAUAUAUUAUAGCCCUUUCUUUUGCACAAACUUGAAAAAGUUCGUGAACAAAAUCAAGUUUCACACUGGGAAUUAAGCUGUUCAAAAAUACAUUAUAUAUUCAAACAUUCAAGAUGGCCGCCAUCCCAACAGCCACUCUCAGAGAUUGUCCAGUGGUGUAGUAACAGGCGUUGUGGUCUAGCAAGGGUAUACCAUGUUGGUCCAGGAAACUGGAGAACGCAGAGGAAACUAACGGUUUUUGGUAUAGUCAGACUGGACACAGCGUAAUAGUGCAGAAAUCGCACCCGAUCUCAGGGAUGAGAAGUACACGCGCUUACAGGACCAAUGUGCCACGAAUACAUUGAAAUCAACCUGUUGUGGAUACAAUUUCAAUUUUCUUCUGUUCGACUUAUUAGAUUCCCACUGCAAACACAACAAUUGAAACUUCGGGAUCUUUGAAUCGAUGUCGUUGGACACAGAAUGGAAAUCACAUCGUGACUGGAGAUGAUGAUGGGCAUGUUUAUUUCUUUGACGUUGGAGAGGUAUGUUGGAUAACAUCAAUUGUUGCAAUUAUACUAUUAAUAUUGCUUUGUGUACAGACCAAUGUCUUAGUGUACAAGAAAUAUUUUUGUACUAUUGAAAUGACCGUGCAUGGGAAGCUGUUAAACUUAGAGAAUAAAACCAAUAUUGAUUUAAAAUAUAGUUGACGUAGUAUUGGAUAUUCAGUUAUUUGUCGUCAUCUUUGUAUUUUUUUAUCAGUACAUGCACAUGUUGAAUAAGAAUUUACUCAAUUCGUAGUUGUUUAGGGACGAGUUAAAGUUUUCUGUUCUAUAAUUCAUUAAUUUUGUUCCAGCAACUAGCCACACCUCGUUCAGACGAGUGGAGCCGUUUCCAACGUACUUUAUAUGAUUUGGAAAGCAGCCAAAGCAGUAAUCAAACAGUGGACGUAGCACCACCACUUGCAAGACAUAUUUCUCCUUUGAAAGUUGCUCAUUGA